CCGGCUCCUCCCAACGGGGCGGCAGCGUUGAGCGGCGUCGGGUCCUGGUGGGACUGAUCCCUGGCUUAAAGAUCACUGCCUGGCCCGCCUCUGACCCGGAAGGAGCGCAGGGGUAGGGGCAGGGGCUGUGGGCCUCUCAGUUAGCGAGCUGUGGGGUUGCGGUGGGUUAGUGACAAACGCGCGCUGGGCCAUCGCCUCUGCCGCUUUGCUUGGGAAUAUUAAAACUGGCACCCGGAAAUUUUAGGAAGAUAUUUUCAAAGCUAAUUAUGAAGACAUUUGUCAUUGGAAUUGGUGGUGUGACAAAUGGUGGGAAGACAACACUGGCUAAAAAUUUGCAGAAGCAUCUUCCACACUGCAGUGUCAUAUCUCAGGAUGAUUUCUUUAAGCCAGAGUCUGAGAUAGAGAAAGAUGAAAAUGGAUUUCUUCAGUAUGAUGUGCUUGAAGCACUUAACAUGGAAAAAAUGAUGUCCACCAUUUCUUGCUGGAUGGAAAGCUCAAGACACUCUCAGGGAUCAACAGACUGGCGAAGCACUGAGGAAGUUCCCAUAUUAAUCAUCGAAGGUUUCCUUCUCUUUAAUUAUAAGCCCCUUGACACUGUAUGGAAUAGAAGCUACUUUCUGACCAUUCCAUAUGAAGAAUGUAAGAGGAGGAGGAGUACAAGGGUCUACCAGCCUCCAGACCCCCCAGGAUACUUUGAUGGCCACGUGUGGCCCAUGUAUCUAAAGCACAGACAGGAAAUAGAGGACAUCACAUGGGAAAUUGUUUACCUAGAUGGAACAAAAUCUGAGGAGGACCUCUUUUCACAAGUUUAUGAAGAUCUAAGACAAGAGCUCGCAAAGCAAAAAUGUCUGCAAGUAACAGCAUAAAGACAGAAUGCACUGAAUUCUUCCUGGGUGAAUUGAGAAACUUAACCAAGAACCUUAUUCAAGAACCUUAACCAAGAUAUAACAUACUGUACUUUGGUAAAAUGACAGCUGUUGUUUUGUUUGUUCUAGCACACAUGACUUCCCCAACAUGUGGAACAGUAAACAGCUAUCCAUGACAUUGGAAAAGAAUUUAUCUUAAUGAGUUGUUUUCACUCCAAGGAGUGCAUAGAUACAGAAUAGCUAGUAACACACAGUGAAUCAGUUCCUCUACACCAGUGAUUGUCAAACUUUUCUGAAUGAGACCCAGAGUAAGAAAUAAGAUUUACAUCACAAUCCAGUAUUAAUGUAAUCUAUUAUUUUGCAGUUAUAUCUAUAUGUUUGUACAUGUACAUAUGUGUACAUAUGCACCCGCAUAAUCAAGUAUCAUAAAACAUUUACCUUAUAUGCAAUGUACUUUGGUAUUUUUCUAUUUUUAAUUUUUUAAAAAUAUUGGUUCCUAUCCCUUACCAAUGUCCACCUCCUGUGAAAAAUGGCAAUGCCAGGAGUAGCAGUCACAUUAAAUGAAUCAAUAAUUUCCUACAGUAACUUUUUUAUGUGUGUUUUGUCAUUGUUUAUUCUAUUACUGUUUUUUGCAUAUAUCUAAAACCACUGAACCACUGUGUCAUUUAUGUUGAGACAUUGUUACAAAUAGGGUUUUUUCCUGUGUUUUAUUUUGUUUUUGUCAAACCAAUGGUCUAAAAUCACAGAAAGAAGAUAUAGUUAUUUCAGUGACUUGUAAUACAGAGUACCUUCCACUGAAAAGCACAUUCAGGCGAUUUGAAUUCUGUGAUUUUUUUAGGACUUUUUCAAU